AUGUCCUUCAGCCCCAAACACUCCACCUCCACCCCAUUCUCAGUCAGCGACAUUUUGAGCCCCAUGGAGGACAGCUACCGGAGGUUCGGAGGGAUGGAAGCCGCGGCCGGGAGCCUCGCUUACCGGCAGCCUCAAGUCUCCCAGCCCGCAGCAGCAGUGGGACCCGGGGGGCCCUACCACCACCAUCACCACGUCCCGCCCGGAGUGCCGCAGUUCUCCGGGGCGGUCGGAGGCUUCUGUAGCGGCGGCAUCGGCACCGUGGGAGACCUGCCGUCCUACCAGGAUACGGUGCGGGGUGGGGGGACAGCCUGGUACAGCAACCCCGAGCCCCGAUACCAGACAAUCUCCAGAUUCAUGAACCCCUCCGGCGGCAUGAACAUGUCCGGGAUGGUGAGCAGCUUGUCCGGCAUGGAUCCCUGCGCCAAGUCCAUGGUGACCAUGCACGCGGCUCCGCGGAGGAAGCGGCGCGUGCUCUUCUCGCAGGCGCAGGUGUACGAGCUCGAGCGGCGCUUCAAGCAGCAGAAGUACCUGUCCGCGCCGGAGCGGGAACACCUGGCCGGACUCAUCCACCUCAGCCCGAACCAGGUCAAGAUCUGGUUCCAGAACCACCGGUACAAGCUGAAGCGGCAGACCAAGGACAAGACGACGCAGGACGGAGGAGGAAGCACAGCUGGAGGUCUGUGCGCAACGACGCACCGCUCCUCCUCCGUGUCCCCGGUGCUCUCCAAGAACGGUAAAAGCUGUCGGGAUGAGUCCAGCCAUACCGGAAACAGACAGGUAGAGGUGCUGAACGGGAACCCCCCUCAACAGCAGCAGCAGCAGCAGCAGCAGCAGCAGCAGCAGCAGCACGGGAACCCUCUGUCCUCUGCAGAGGAGCUGGAAGAGCUGUCCCAGACUCCGCCGCUCGGCCUUCACGCACAGAUCAACAUGACGCAGACGGACGCGGCGCUAAUAGAGUACACGAACAGCAUGAUGGGAUCCAAUUUACUGUACGGGAGGACUUGGUAGGGACACCGGGAGGAAGACAGACAUUUACCCGUUCUGAGAGGCGUGAAUCCCGGGUUGGAUUUCUUUUUGGGGAGGACAAAAUAGACGCACACGAUUUUUUUUUUUCUCUAUCAUUUUCGUGCGUCUGGUUCCUUUGCGCACCGAUUACAGAAACAACAUGAUGGGAUCACAUUUGCUGCACGGGAGGACUUGGUAGGGACACCGGAGGAAAACAGACAUGAAAGGCAUGGAUUUGUUUUUGGGAGGAUAAAAAGAGAAGACCGUUUUUCUCGUCUUUUUUCCAUGCGUAAAAGUCUGGUUCCUUUACGCACACAGGGACACUAAAGAGCAAUACCGUGCUAAAAAUGAACUGUUAAUGACAGCUUUGGACUGAAUGUUAAUAAUCUUCUCUCUCUUUUUUUUUAACUGACUGAAUGAUGCAGCGUUUAAACCUUAAAAUCAGACCGAAGCAGAUUCCGGAUGAGCCACGUCUCCUCAUCCAUUUACGCAGAUUAAAUUAUUGCAGGUUUAAAUAUAAAGGUGAUUCAAAGUGAAGCAAUAGAGGUCUGAACACAUU